AUGACUCCUCCGACGCCGCUCCUCCUCCUGCUGCUGCUGCUGCUGCUGCUGGCGGCGGCGGCGACGAGGUGCUGCCAUGGGUCGUCCUACUCAUCGUACCAGCAGCAACAGUACAAGAUGAACGAGUCGCAGCCGGAAGGGGAGGGCCGCCGCCCGGCGGUGACGGCGGUGAUCGUGUUCGGCGACUCCAUUGUUGACCCGGGGAACAACAACGACCUGCACACGAUGAUCAAGGCCAACCAUCCGCCCUACGGCAAGGACUUCUUCAACCACGAGGCCACCGGACGCUACUCCAACGGACUCAUUCCCAGCGACCUCAUUGCACAGCAGCUUGGUGUGAAGCAGCUGCUGCCAGCCUACCUGGGCGUGGAUCUGAGCCCGGAGGAUCUGCUCACAGGCGUCAGCUUCGCGUCCGGCGCCACCGGAUUCGACCCGCUGACGCCCGUCGUAGUGAGCGUGAUCUCGCUGGAUCAGCAGCUGGCCUACUUCGACGAGUACCGCGGGAAGCUGGUGGACAUCGCCGGCGAGGAGGAGACGGCGAGGAUCAUCGACGGCGCGCUGUUCGUGGUGUGCGCGGGCACCGACGACGUGGCCAACACCUACUUCACGACGCCGUUCCGCAGCGUGGAGUACGACAUCCCCAGCUACGUGGAGCUGCUGGUGAGCGGCGCCGAGGAGUUCCUCCGCAAGGUCAGCGCCAGGGGCGCCAGGAAGAUCGGCUUCGUGGGGAUGCCGCCGGUGGGGUGCGUGCCGUCGCAGCGGACGCUGGGAGGGGGGCUCGCCAGGGCGUGCGAGCCCAAGCGGAAUGAGGCGGCGCAGCUGUACAACGCCAGGAUCCAGGAGAUGAUCGCCGGGCUGAACGCGGAGGCCGGGUUCACGACGCUAGUGGUGUUCCUGGACAUCUACCGCAUCCUGGACGACCUCAUGGAGCGCGGGGACAGGUACGGCUUCUCCGAGACCACCAGGGGCUGCUGCGGCACCGGCACCAUCGAGGUCACCGGACUCUGCGACUCCCGCUUCGUCUCCGUCUGCGACGACGUCUGCCAGCACGUCUUCUUCGACAGCUACCACCCCACCGAGCGAGCCUACAGGAUCAUCGUCAAGGACAUGUUUGACAACUACGGCCAAGUGCUCUUCUGA